AUGAUUUCUGAUGAAUAUAUGCAUAAAAAAGAAUAUGAAAAAACAUUUUGGGAAAAAAUUGGAAAACCUAAAUAUAUUUUAGCUCCUAUGGUUGAUUUAAGUGAAUUAGCAUUUCGAUUACUUUGUAAAAAAUAUAAUUGUCAUUUAUCCUUUACACCAAUGUUACAUUCAAAAAAUUUUGCUCAACAAGAAAAAUAUAGAAUAAGUAAUUUUAAAAGUUGUGAAGAGGAUAAACCUGUAAUAGGUCAAUUUUGCGGAAAUGAUUCCAAAAUAAUUUUAGAUGCAAUUGAGUUUAUUAAAAAAGAUGUAAAUGCAGUAGAUUUAAACUUUGGAUGUCCUCAACAAAUUGCUAAAAAAGGAAAUUAUGGAGCAUUUUUAUUACAUAAACAUGAUGAAGUUGUUAAUUUAGUCUCUAAUAUUACUAACAAUUGUAAUAUUCCCAUUACUUGUAAAAUUAGAAAAAUUGAUGAAGAUUAUCAAAAAACAUUAAAUUUAUGUUAUGAUUUACAAAGUCGUAAUGUUCAAAUGAUCACUAUUCAUGGUAGAACAAAAGAAGAAAAGGGAAAAAAUAUUAAAAAUUGUGAUUAUGAAAUUAUAAGAAUAAUAAAAGAGAGAUUAAAUAUUCCAAUUAUUGCAAAUGGAUCUAUUGAAAAUUUUGAAGAUAUAGAAAAAUGUUUAAAUUAUACAAAAGCAGAUGCAGUUAUGUGUGCUGAAAUUUUGCUCGAGAAGCCAUACUUUUUUUCUAAUAAAAAUAUUGAUACAGUUGAUAUAGUUAAUGAAUAUUAUGAUUUAUUUUUAAAAUAUGAAUCAAAUACGAAAUAUUUAAAGGGACAUUUAUUUAAAAUGCUUUAUAAAUAUUUUCAAAUACAUACAGACUUACGGGAUUUAUUAAAUAAUUGUUAUACUUUGAAUGAUUACUUAAAUUUUCAAGUAAUUUUAAAUGAAAAAAAGAAAAUGGGUAUCUUAAUGGAAUCACCUCAUAGUUGGUAUAGAAGAUACAGAAAAAAUUUAUAA